AGCUCAGUAUGAAGUUCCUGGGUUCAACCCCAGUAUCGGUGGUGGGGGGAUCAGCUCCCAUUCCCAUUCACCCUAUGCAGGAAUUAACAAGCAAUUCGGUGCUGAUGAUGAAUACUAAACGGAGCCGUGGAACCGGUGUGCUAGGUAAGGUGCCGCUCCUGGGGUAGCGACGAGAGGGAAGGUUCCAAGACAGCUGUGGAAGUCAGGGAGCUCUGAGGCGAAGAGGACGGGGCUUUCCUGCUCACGCAGUAAGACCACCUGUGAAAACAAAGGGGCGUGCAAAACUGGGCACACGUGCACAGCUGUAAAUCAUAAGGAGAGGCGCGGGUUUGAAUGACGGGGUCUUUUCCUGAACGAAUUUCUCUCGUGCCAAGGUCUGCCCUUACCCGUGGAGGACAACAAUGUCACUUGCUGCCACACGGUUCUCGACCUGAAAAGGACUUUCAAGUUUGCCCGUCUGACAUUACAGGCAAAUACACGGAGGCCGCAUAAAAGUGAGAUGACCAGGGCCGAGGUUGUAGCUCUAUGGCAUAGCGCCUGCUUGGCAAGCACGAGGUCUUGAGUUCUACUCCCAGUACGAAAAAAAAAUUUGUGAGAUGACCAGUCUCGGGUUGCAGCCUCCACCAACACUGGGAAAUCGGUGGCUUGCCCCGCGGGUUUUCUGCGUCAGGCCCUCACUCGCCGCUCAAGGCUCUUCCUCUGGCUAGUCUCCCUGCACCAAGGUCGGGUCGGCUUUGAGCGGACUACGUCUCCCACAAUGCCUUGGGUCUUACAUCCCUCCCGCCGUGGGGAGCAGUUUUCACCAAUAGAAAAGCGGAGAUUGUAGAGGACGUUCUUAGCAGCCAAUGGGUGCAGUAGUGGGCGGGGUUCUCCCGUCCAUUGUUCUUGGUGCCCCACGGAUUUGAGCCAAGGGCUUCUUGUUGAGAUUUGAGUGUCCUCUCUGAGAGCCUGGCUGGAGAAGACUCAAGGCGAGAACCCUGCGUGAUUGUCCCAUGAAGGUGGAUGAUGGCUGCAGAAGUACCAGCAGCAAACGUUCCCCUGAGCACUUUGGUCCAGGUGUCUCCAGAGGAAGAGGACCAGGAGGAGGAGGUGGUCACCACUGUGGUCCUGGAGGACGACUCCUGGGUACAAGAGUCAGUCCUGGAGGAGGAUGGCCCUGAAUCCAAGCUCCUGGCUGGUGGUGUUGGUAAGGGUGUUUGGCAGGAGACGGUAGCAGCUGGAGGACCACAGGGUGCACUUAGCCACCGGCACUGGCUGAGGCCACAGGUGCACACGAAGGAGCAGAUGCUGACUAUGCUGCCAAGGGAAAUUCAGGCCUGGCUGCAGGAGCAUCGACCUGAAAGCAGUGAGGAGGCAGAGGCUCUGGUGGAAGACUUGAUCCAGACCCUUCCGGACAGUGAUUUUGAGAUACAGAGAAAGAAUGGGGAGAACUCUAAUCCGGACAAGUUUGAGAUGUUCUCGGGAAUCUCCGAGAGGGACGGCGACUCGGACAAAGACUGUGGCCCGGAGGGGGCCCGGGGAGACGCCGCCAGGGAGGCUCCAGCCCAGGGCAGGGAGGUCGGCCAGCUCAUAGGCCUUCAGGGCACCUACCUGGGUGAGAAGCCUUACGAGUGUCCCCAGUGCGGGAAGACCUUCAGCCGGAAGUCGCACCUGGUCACGCACGAGCGGACCCACACCGGGGAGAAGUACUACAAGUGCGACGAGUGCGGCAAGAGCUUCAGUGACGGCUCCAACUUCAGCCGCCACCAGAUGACUCACACCGGGGAGAAGCCCUACAAGUGCAGGGACUGCGGGAAGAGCUUCAGCCGCAGUGCCAACCUCGUCACCCACCGGCGCAUCCACACGGGCGAGAAGCCCUUCCAGUGCGCCCAGUGCGGCAAGAGCUUCAGCCGCAGCCCCAACCUCAUCGCGCACCAGCGCACGCACACAGGCGAGAAGCCCUACGUGUGCCUGGAGUGCGGCAAGAGCUUCGGCAACCGCUCCAGCCUCAACACGCACCAGGGCAUCCACACGGGUGAGAAGCCCUACGCGUGCAAGGAGUGCGGCGAGAGCUUCAGCUACCACUCCAACCUGAUCCGCCACCAGCGCGUGCACACGGGCGAGAAGCCCUACGCGUGCCCGGACUGCGGGCAGCGCUUCAGCCAGAGCUCGGCGCUCAUCACCCACCGCAGGACGCACACGGGCGAGAAGCCCUACCAGUGCGGAGAGUGCGGCAAGAGCUUCAGCCGCAGCUCCAACCUGGUCACGCACCGCAGGACCCACCUGGUGGAGAAGCCGUACAAGUGUGGGGAGUGCAGCAAGAGCUUCAGCCAGAGCUGCAGCCUCAUCGCGCACCAGGGCACGCACACGGGCGAGAAGCCCUACGAGUGCCUGACGUGUGGCGAGAGCUUCAUCUGGAACUCCAGCCUCAUCAAGCACCAGCGCGUGCACACGGGCGAGAAGCCCUACCCGUGCAGCGAGUGCGGCAAGGGCUUCAGCCAGCGCUCCCAGCUCGUGGUGCACCAGCGCACACACACCGGCGAGAAGCCCUACCCAUGCCUCAUGUGCGGCAAGAGCUUCAGCCGCAGCUCCAUCCUGCUCAUGCACCAGCGGGCGCACCUGGGGGACAAGCCCUACCGCUGCCCCGAGUGCGGCAAGGGCUUCAGCUGGAACUCGGUGCUCAUCAUCCACCAGCGCAUCCACACGGGCGAGAAGCCCUACAAGUGCCCUGAGUGCGGCAAGGGCUUCAGCAACAGCUCCAACUUCAUCACACACCAGAGGACUCAUGUGAAAGAGAAACUGUACUGAGGUGGCAGGGUGCAGGGAGGGGACCGCUGUGGAGAGUGAGGGGCUGCACUGCAUUUGUUCCAAAUGGUGGCAGUUACCUCCACCUCAUCCCAGUGUCUACCAGGCUGGCACCUUGCUUGUCCAGAGUCGGGGCCCCCACAGUUAAGAACCUCAGAGGCUGGAAGGUUGGAAAGUUGGGUCUUUUUCUGUUACCUUCACAAUGUUGUUGGCCUGCUCUCCUAAUUCUCUGCCUUGGUUUCCUCCUCGGUAAUAUUCUCCACACGGGCUGAGUCUCCAGAGAAACUGGGCCGUUUGUCCUGCAGUUCUGGUUGGUUUGCUGCCACUUGGUGCCCGAGCUGAUGACAUUCCUGGGCCCCCUGGCUUCCUGGCUCUGGUGUCUUGGGCAUAGGUUUUGGCUCAGGGUGGUGGGCCUUCUGCAGUCCUGUCACCCACGUGAAGGGGAAGCCCUUUUCGAUUUCCAGAAUGUGUCAGGGAGGAAGUGUGGCCUGGAAUGCAGGUCUUCGGGCUCAUUUCUGGUGCUGGUGAGAUGGCUGCCAGUGGGUACCUCAUUCCCUUGGGGUUAGAGUACAGGGUGUGAGGUCUGUGAGCCCAGCUGCCUGCUGUUGGCUGGGCUUCCUGUCAUCAAGGGUGACACAGCCCUGCCUGCUGCCUUCUUGGUUCUGAACACUCUGUACUUGCCUCCUCUUCGUUAUGUCAUCAUUUUCUAUACAGAGGCUCAGGUAUUUGUUAGGUAGCUUUUGGAUACCAAGAAAAGGAUUUUUAAGAAAGUACCGACUUUGAGGGCAGACAGCAAAUCCCCCGGAGAGCUCUUGGCUUGAGUUAGGAAUUUGUGCUAGAUUCCCUUGUCAUCCUGGCUGCUCCCAGGGCUUUGUUCUUGGGCUGUGGAACCAUAAGACGGUUAAGUCGGGAUGACAGCAGGUGAUGGGGUUGGUUAGGAGGAAAGAAGGGAGCAGAUGGGGUGUCUCGGAGAUGUGAAGCCACUUUCUACUCCUGGGGCCUGGGUUCCAGGGACGAGGGUCUUGUUAUUACAGGGUGGGAGCUCCAUAUUGCCUAGUAAAAUGGAUUCCCAUUCUUUCCCUGAGCCUGUCCUCUAAUGUAUGUUAAAAACCUGAACUUGACUGUUCAGACCCUGACCCCAAUACCCCCAACACCUUGUGCCUCACACUGAGAGCGGCCAGGACCUCUGAGGGAAAUAAGCUGCACUCUGGCUGCUGCUCUUUGUGAGCCCCACUUUCAGUCUGUCCGUGGGACUUCAGCACAGCUGCAUCGGCUAAGGAGCUGGAUGGCAUCCCGAGGAGGCUACUGCAAUCAUUUCUAUCCAGAAUCAGUUACGUUAGCCACGGAAGGAAGUGCUAGGCAGUGGUGGUGGUUAAGCUAACACGUGAGGAUGUGCAAUGCCCAUCCUUGAUUCUGUCCCUUCACAUAUUUCGCAAAUGGUCACUGAGUACUAGGUGCUGGGGAAGCUCAGGAAUGAGAAGUCCUAUAGCCGGCCAGAAGGAGGAUUCCUUUCUGGGAAGAUGUAGGAGCUGCCUUGUCAGGGAGGAGGAGUAGGCAGGAUGGAUUUGUGGCUGAUACUGAGGUUUUUUUGUUUGUUUUUUUAGUUCCUAAAUUUGAUUAUUAGAGGAUUUUUUUUUCUUUUGGU